AUAUUUCUCGAAAUUAAUAACCCAACAUCGGUAAAACUUACUUGAACAGUUAGCCUUCAAAGAAAUAGUAGUUUUGGUUGUCAAACAUUAUCUUGAUUUGGCGUUCUAGUACAAACAACUAUUCUCUCACUAAAUUGAUCAUUUUAACGCCUUAGUGACCAAACAUGUCUGGCAUUGCCAUAGCUCGACUGUCGGAGGAACGAAAAGGCUGGAGGAAAGAUCAUCCCUUUGGUUUUGUGGCUCGACCAACUAAAAACCCUGAUGGAACCCUGAAUUUAAUGAACUGGGAAUGUGCUAUUCCAGGCAAGAAAGCGACUCCUUGGGAAAAUGGCCUUUACAAGCUCAGAAUGAUUUUCAAAGAUGACUAUCCUUCGUCUCCCCCAAAAUGUAAAUUUGAACCUCCUCUUUUCCAUCCAAAUGUAUAUCCAUCAGGCACAGUUUGUUUAUCAUUGUUGGAUGAAGAAAAAGAUUGGAGACCCGCCAUUACCAUCAAACAAAUUUUGCUUGGCAUUCAAGACCUUCUAAAUGACCCCAAUAUUAAGGAUCCUGCUCAGGCAGAAGCUUAUACAAUCUACUGUCAAAAUCGCCUUGAAUAUGAGAAGCGUGUCAGAGCACAAGCCAAGGCCAUGGCAGCCAGUACUGAUUUACUUUCUUAAUUUCUGAACUAAAUUAAGUUGUCGAAGAAAAUUGGAUAAAUCUACUUUCCCUUCUUUUUUUACGAA